CUUCCUAUAUCUGCUGGCCAAGAGGAUGCUCGUGUAAAAGCACCCAAACGAUGAGCCCCCGCUGUCCCCAGGCCAGGAAUUAGGGGAGAAGGGGGGGAGGGGGGGGUCCCUGUCCCAUCCCCAGACGGGGGGGUUCCUGGCACCGUUUCCCUGCUGGUGUCCCCCCGGCGAGGAGCAGCGGGAUGCGCUGGUGGCUCGUCACCGUCCUGGGGGUCCUGAGCGGCACCGGCACCGCGGGCUGCGGGGCGCCGCGAUGCCCACCCGGAGAGGAACCCGUCGGGGCGUGCGGCUCGGCGCGGACGUGCCGCCCGUGCCCCCCCGGCGCUUUCUCCCCGGGGGAUGCGCCGUGCGCCCCGCACACCCACUGCCACGCCACCAACCGGCUCCUCCUGGCCCCAGGGACGGCGGCGGCCGACAGCCGCUGCGGAGGCUGCGUGCACGGGUUUUACAGCCCUGAUGGUGAGAAGGAGCCGCGGGGACGGUGCCUGCCCUGCUCCGCCGCCCCCCCCAGCACCCUGGGGUGCCCAGGCCGGCGGCGAGCCCGGAGCGUGGCGGCACCGCGGGGGCCGGCGGGGAGCAACGGCACGCGGGAGGCUCGGCCGGAGGAGGCGGCGGCAGCGCAGUCGGCCGUGCUGGCCAUCGUGCCCGUCUUCUGCGCCAUGGGCUUGCUGGGCAUCCUCGUCUGCAACCUGCUGAAGAAGAAGGGCUACCACUGCACCGCGCACAAGGAGCCCGACCCCGGGGUUGGCACCGGUGCCGGCUCCGUCUACCAGAUCGAGGACGCCAACGAGGACACCAUCGGGGUCCUGGUGCGCCUGAUCACGGAGAAGAAAGAAAACGCCGCGGCACUGGAGGAGCUGCUGAAGGAGCAUCACAGCGCGCAGCUGGCGGCCCCGGGCUGCAAACCUGCCUAUAAGCUGCACCUCCUGCCUCAGUUUCCCCCCGCGUGCCGGCACCAGCAGCACCUGCACACGGUGCACGGCCCGGCCCCCAAAUCGGACCCCCCCUCGGACCCCCCCUGUACCCGCUGCAGCCAGAAGAAGUGGCCCCAGGUGCUGCCGUCCCCCGCUAAUGCCACCAAGGCCACCAAACCUGGGGCCAAGGCCGGCCGCCCCGGCGAGAUCACCAUCCU